AGCUUAGAAACCGAAACGUUGUCGAGCGCACAACUGUUCGUUCCAACUACCUUUCUCCAAGUCACACUUGUCUCUCUUUACUUAUGCACUCUGCAAUUUUUGCAUGUGUCUUUAUUGUUGUCUCUGCUUCUUCUUCUUCAUCGUCGUCUCCACCAAAAUCCCUAACCCUAAACCUCGAUUUUCCCGCCCAAAAUGUAUCAGUCAAUGAACCUAUCUUUUUCUUCUAACUUUACCAACCUAUCCUUUCUCAAACCACGAUUAUACUCCGGAAUCUCCGCCAGAGCUCCCAAAUCCCUACAUUUCAAAUUCAAUCCUUCCUGCGUCUCCUCCGGCCCCAAAUCCGACGAUUCACCUCUAUCCGAGAAGCUCAUUUCGCUGCUUAAAGCUGUCCCAAACUGGUCUGACGGUAUCAAAGAGAGACGGAUGCAGCAGAAACGAUCUCUCUACACUCACGAGAAUUGGGUCAGACACAGAAGCUCUCUUCGCCAUCUCCGUCACGUAUCCUCGAGCCCAUCUUCACGCGUUAUACUGUCUUUGAUUCCGCCUGUUUUCUUCUUCACCACCGUCGCGAUCCUGAUCGCCGGCUAUAACUCCGCCGUGGAUUUGGACUGGUUGCCUGAUUUCUUCCCUGUACUUCGAGCUUCUCCUCUACCGUAUCAGCUUACGGCUCCGGCUUUAGCUCUGCUUCUAGUGUUUCGCACUGAGGCUUCUUAUUCAAGGUUUGAACAAGGAAGGAAAGCUUGGGUUAAGAUCAUUAGUGGAACCAAUGAUUUAGCUAGGCUAGUUAUUUCUUCUGUUCAUGGCUCCGGUGAUGAAUUGAUCAUCAGAGAUGCGCUUUUGCGUUACAUUGUUGCUUUCCCUGUGGCGCUUAAGUGCCAUGUGAUUUAUGGUUCAGAUAUUGCUAGUGAUCUCAAGAAUGUGAUAGAAGUAGAUGAUCUGUCUUUGAUUCUUCAAUCCAAGCAUCGUCCACGUUGUGUCAUUCAAUUCAUUUCUCAGAGCCUUCAGCUGCUGAAUUUGGAUAGUACAAAGAUAGAUAUGUUGGUAUCUUUCUUGAAUCUUUUAAGCAUCUUCAUUCAUUUGACUGUGAUUUCUGAAUGUAAUUCUCUUUCCAUAGACUUUGGAUAUGCACUAUAAUGUUUAGUGUUCUCCUUCACAGGAAACAAAGAUGAUGCAAUUACAGGAAGGAAUUGGUGUAUGUGAACAACUAAUGGGAAUUCCGAUUCCACUUUCCUACACACGACUAACGUCGAGGUUCUUAGUCUUAUGGCAUCUAACACUCCCUGUUAUUCUCUGGGAUGAUUGCCACUGGAAUGUAGUCCCUGCUACUUUCAUCAGUGCUGCCUCUCUCUUCUGCAUUGAAGAAGUGGGUGUUCUUAUAGAGGAGCCAUUUUCAAUGCUAGCUUUAGAUGAGCUAUGUGCUAUGGUGCUUAGUAACAGUGAUGAAGCUGUUGAAUCCAAAGAGGUCAUACGCAAUCGAAUCAUCGCAAAGAAAAGGAUCCUUGAAAUUAAGCACUCAUCAAAUGGUUGGCAUAAAUCUUGAAGUAAUGGAUGCCAAUAUACUCUGUGUGAUGGCUAACUUAGGUUUUCUAAUGUAUGAUUAAUAGACUUUUGGUCAUUAAGUGUAUCUUCCUUAGUUCCUUGUGUCUUGUGAUUGUAGAUAUGCAGUGUUUGCUUCUACGGCGGUGACGUUUACGUGCGUUGGUUAUUUUUGAGGUUCUUAUUAUUAAAAAUUCAACAGUAAUUUUCUGACACAGAAUAAACCAAAAUAGCCAACAAACC